UGAAGACAAACCCUUUGGGUGCAUGGCCGGGUGCCAGCAGGAGCAGCAAGUUUUGGAAGGGUCUGCUCUUGUCUCUCUCCAUCCUCGAUAGACCCGUCUUCCCUUCUGCAGAUUUUCCUUGUACUGAGAAACUCGAUGUCGUUCAUCUCAGCUGAGCCGUGAGUUGUGCUCAGUUGUGGAGACAGAGGAGGCAGGAGCCGCCCGUUCCACUCUGGGGAGCAAACGCGCCGCUAACCCCGCAGCGCCGCUGCCCCGCGGAGCCGCCCGCGAGCGGGCCGGGGCGGGCCGGGGCGCGGAGGGACGGGCGGGGCGCCGGGACCGUCCCUCGGUCCCUCCUUCCCUCCGUCCCUCGGUCCCUCCCUCCCUCCGCCCCGCCCGCCGCGGGCUCGGCGCCUCCCGCAGCCGCGGCGCUGAGCGCGGCCCCAGCCGCGUCCCGCGGGUGCUGCGCGGCGCCCGGAGCGUGAUGGGUCCAGCUGGAAAGAGCUUUCUGAUGGCACAACUGUGAGUGAAACCAGCACAACAUGUUCAGUGUCGAAGACCUCCUGAUUUCUCAUGGAUACAAAUUGUCGAAAAAUCCCCCUGUUUCAUAUGAGAACAGAUAUGAUGGAUACCGGCAUGAAAUCACGGGGAACAGAUCUGCUCAGAGAACAACACUGAAUGGGAUUGAAGCAGAAUCCAGAGCUGGGGCCUACAGCAAGAAACCUCUGGUGAAAACCAGCUCAAGCAGCACUGAAAGCAGCCAUGGGAGCCAAGGGAGGCAAGCAGGUCCUGGUUACCACCAUGACCUUCAGGGUUUGUCCACUUUUCAUACUUCAGAAGGGGGGGUUUAUGACAGGCCUCAUUUAGCAUGGUCUUCCCAGCCCAAGACUGAUAAAGAUCUCGCCUACUGGAGAAGACGAGGACAGGACUUCAGUGUGCUAUUGGGCUAUUCCCAGAAAGCCAGUGUGGAGAUGAAGGGCCUGGCUGCAGCCCCAGGGGCACCCCGGCACCCCAAGGAGAGUCAGCUGAAGGUGGCGACAGGUGCAGGGUAUGUCAGAAGAAGUGGCUUGCAGGAAAGCUGUGAAGUGCCCAGUGACUGCAAAUGGCAAAGUCUGGAAGUAGAAAGCUGGAACCAGCCAAGAAAAGUAGGGAGGCAAAUGUCCGAGGGUGACAGGGAGAAGCUGCUUCAAGAGCUGUAUUCGCUGACCCUGGGAGACAAUGUACUCAGCACCCACAGCAGGGGCAAAUCGCAGUCUCUGCCAAGGGUCCUUUCACCUGAGAGCAUGAGGUGCGUGGAAAUGCCCUCCCUGACCAACAGUAACAACUCCCUCAGCGUCACUAAAACCCCCUCCUAUCCCCCAAACAGACUGAGUGCGGAGCCAGCCAAGCACCACGGAACGGGAGGCCAUUUCCUUCCCCUGGUGAAGCCCAAGUAUGGGAGACCCCUCAAGCCUCCAUCCUAUGAACUGCAGAGGCAGACCAGGGCACCUGCAGAAACCGUGGGUUGCCAGGACCACUACCAGAAAGAGGAACCUAUCUCCUACUUAGCCAAAGUCAAUGAGCCAAGGCAAGAUUCUGGCAUUCCAGACUCUGGUUUGGAGCCCCCAGUGUACGUACCUCCUCCUUCUUACAAAUCCCCACCUCACCAACACGCGACCCCACAUUCCCCCAGUGAAGUGCCUAACACCAACACGUGCGCCAGCAGCGAUCCACAGGGUCCUGCAGAGCGGGUUGUCCCCUGCCAACGACCAGCCAUGAAUACUUUUGAAGUGGGGGGUGACCCUUGCAAAGACAACCAUUUUCCUCAUGGGAAGCAAAGCCAUGCAAGGCGCCCUGCUGACCACCUGCGUUCCGUUCAGUAUAUUCCCUUCGAUGAUCCUCGGAUACGACAUUUCAAAAUUGCACCACUGGAAGGUCUGCAGGGCAACUCUAACCACACUGAAAAUGCAUGUACUCCCAGUUCCGGUGCUUUGCAAGAGAGAAAUCUUGAAGUACAGUACAACAGUGCCUUUGUGGAUGCAUCAAACAUGUCCAGUUCUGCAAAGGGAGAAAGAACUUCCGACAGCUCCACCCAUAGCAACAGAUGGUUGGCACCAUCCAUCCGAGAUCAGGAAAAUUGUGCCUUGCCAGACCAAAGAGACAAUUGUAGUGCAACUAAUCACAGCCUCCGUAACGAAGCCAGCACAGAGUACACGAAAGGCAAACUUUCUGUAAGAAAUUCACAUAUGGACAACACCUGUGAGACUGUUACAAAAGUGAAAAAGUUUGAACCUGGAACUGGGAUGCAGAGCAAAAAGAGUUCAAAGAAAAAAAUGAAUGAAACUAUAUUUUGUUUGGUCUCCAUCCCAGUUAAAUCAGAACCCAAUCUGCCAGAUACAGAUAGGAACAACAACAUAACUCAGAGCCCUGAUAAGAAUAGGUUUGAUAACAAUGGGGCUUUGCAAGAACAAAGUCUCUUAAGUAUGUCUUCAACAGACUUGGAGUUACAAGCGCUUACAGGAAGCAUGACCAAUAAAAAUGAGUUACAAAAACAAGAGCUGUGGAGACCAGAAGAGUUCAAACAAAUGAAUGACCUCAGAUUUAUUCAGCCUACAAAACACAGAGAGCUCAAAUAUUCUGGCUCCUGGCCAGGUGAUCAGUACAAAGACCAGCAGACACAGACCAGUUUCUCUGAAGAACCUGAGAGCCCACAAUUUUUCCAUGGUACAAAGCCUGGGAAGCCUGAUAGUAGCAAACCACCAUCUCCAAAACUCCCGGGAUGUACAGCAUCCACAGUGGGGGAAAACCAGACAGGGUCUCCUGCUGAUGAGAGAGGCUGCAGGCAGAGCAGUUACAGUAUGAAAGGCCAGACACACCUCAGCCACUCUAGCAACAGUGCAUUUUCCAGGACUGCCACCUCAGUCCUUCAGUCUCCCUCCCCAAAAGCCCACCAGAGCCAGCCUGUGCCUGUUCAAGAGAGGGAAAAUGGCCUUCUUUCCAAGGGAGAUGUAGUUAAGGGAGAACCAGGUGCUCCCUGCAAAAGCAAAGAACCAUUUGGGCAGUUCCUGUUGAAACCUGUAAGUCGCCGUCCCUGGGAUGCAAUAAGUGAGCUAGAAAGUUUUAACAAGGAGCUGCAAGGGCAGGAGGAGAGCACAAGCAGUGAAGAAGAUUUGGAAAGUGCUGCAGCUCCUCUGCAGGCAGGUGCCGUUAGGCAGAGGAUGGAGUCCAGAAAUGGGAAAUCAAGCCAGGAGCCAAAACAUGGUGGGAAAUCAGAAAUGGUUGUGCCAGAGGUGCCUGUAUUUCGGUCAGGAAGGGUUAAAAGUAAGUCUGAAAGUUGGAGCAUGGGAACAGAGUAUGGUGUCGAGCCAAGAUACAUUGUCUCUCAAGGCUCCUCAAAGCCUGGAGGGAGCAGUGAAGGAGUCAGGCCAGCAGAUAGAAGUCUGAUAACAGAAGCAGGGAUGGGGGAAGCUAAGAGCAGAGCAAGCAAACAGCCAGUUCAUGUGGGCCCUAUCAAAAGGGUUUUGUCCAGUAGCCCAAGUAGUUCAUGUCACAGUAAUCCUUUCAAUAACCCUAUCUUGCAGGAGAUGAGCGAAGACCAAAAUUACCUAGACUUUGUUAAACUGAGCAAAGGUACAACUCCCACAAAUGAUAGGGUAUUAGAGAGAGGGUCAGUAGGACGCUUAUCAUUAACAACGAGGAACCAAGGGUGCUCUGAGCCAGAUUUGAGGUCAGUGGGACUUGAUGUGGCCCCAGAACUUGGUGCUAACAACUCUGAUCAUUCUUCGGAUGCAAAUGCAGUGGAAAUCCCUGUGAAUGAGUCAUUGCAGGCAAGAGCUGCAAGAAUUUUAGGUAUAGAUAUAGCAGUAGAGUCUCUCCUUCCAGAUGACCAUGUUGGGCCCCACCCAGGCACUAGCCCUUCAAACAGUGCUCAGGAAUUUGAGUCAUCAAUGAUAGGGAGCAUAGUAAGUAACACAGAAGGAAAAAAAGAAGAUUCUUAUGAAGGCAGACGGAAGUGUGGCUGGACAGAGAGUGCUCUCUUUGUCAGAGCAGGAGGACGAUCUUCAUACCCUGAUAAAUGCCAGGCCGCUCACCAGGAAGCCAACACUAAACCACUGGUAACUGAGCAAGUUCUUCAACAACCUGUGAGUCCCAGCCAAGGUGAGGACCAAAACUUGGUUUGCAAGUCAGCUGCCUACCAGCAUUCAGAAAAGAGAAUGAGGAGCACCUCCAAAGUGAUAGAGACACUCCAAGGCAAGCUCACGUCUCCGCCCAGCCGGACUGCCAAGGAUCGCUUGGUGCGAAUGAAAGAAGUUGAUUCUGUGUCGCGGAUGAGACGUCUGAGCAUUAAGAGUGCAGACUCAGGGGAGGAGGUGGAUGAGGAGAAGCUGUCGAAGGUACCAGGGGAGAGAGAAAGCAAACUGGCAAGCUCAGGGGCUGUUUCCAAGCGUGUUAUCUCUCUCAGUGAAAAUGGAUGUUUAGGUGGAAUUGACAAGAAGAAGAUCGACAGAGAUUUUUCUUUAGGUGCUUUUUGUUUGGUUUUUGUUCUUCAGUGUUUGGAAAUUGUCUCCAUUUGUGAUGUUCAUGGUGUACUGAUAAUGCCUUUACCACUGCCACUAGGAAUCAGCUAUUCAUGUCUGAAACUGUUGCGGAAACCACAGAAAAAUCUGACUUCUGCGUUGGAACCAUCUGGCUUUGUAGUGUUUAAGACAAUACCUACCAUUGGCAAAGAGUUUUCAUCUGAACUUUAUUUCAGUCUUUAGCAAGAACGAAGAAAUGCAUCAAGUGAGGUGUUACAUUGGUGUAAAUGUAAACGUGGGAGACUAGUGAAAUUAUUUUUAAAAGAAUGUGAAUCUAUAAGCUAAACUUCUAAGUAUCUACAUUCUAAACUUUGUUUAACUUAAGGGAUUUUUGGGCAUAAAUAGAAAGUGCUGCCGCACUGUGUGGGGGAAGGAAUGUGAAAGAAUGGUAGCAAAGACUGAUUGUGAAAUUAUCUCUGACUUCGAGAGUUUGAAUUUACUUGGAUUAAGUACUUACUUGCCACCUAGAAAGAAGAAAAACAAAACUCAAAAAUCUUCUAAAACGUGGAAGACUUUUGUAGUACAGUGUACAGAACAUGUAAUUAUAGUAGCUGGCAACUAUGUUUCAAACCAAUGCAAAGUAUACCACUGGCUGUUUUGCACUCAGUAUUACCUAUUUUUGUUUUGCUGUUUAGAAAUUCUUUAUAUGAAAGAAUAGUAGCUGGUUUAAAAUAGCCCAUUUUAACAAAGUAACUAUAUUUCUUGUUACAGAAUACUAUCUAUUUUUCUACGAUGUAAACAAUUGCUAACAAGUGGCAAGUAUAAAGAAGUAUUAUUAUUAUUAUUAUUAUAUUUUAAGAAGACUUAUUCCUGAGUGAAGGUGCCCCAAGCAGAUUUCACUUGUAUAUCUUAAUGCACACACCAUAUUGCCACUUACUCAGUAGUGCUACCUUAUUUUGUUCUGAAAAAAAAGCCAUCUAUCUAUCUAUCUAUCUAUCUAUCUAUCUAUCUAUCUAUCUAUCUAUCUAUCUAUCUACUACAGGGUUAAUUUCUAAUUUUUCCCACUCAACCCCUGGAUCAUUCUUCUUGGAGCCACUUUUUGAAACACACUGAGAACUCUCCAGGCUGGUGCUGCUGCCAUUCCAUUCCAGGGACGCUGAUUACCAAAAAAUGGGUUUGGAUCUUAGUCCCAGUGUUGCCGAGUGGCUCAGAUAAAAUAGCUGCUUGCUUUCUUAUACUUCAUUCCCUUUUACAGAUUAUGAGUUUGGAUUAGGCCGGUGCACAAAAAUAAGCAAAACUGGGUUCUUCCCUGAAGUCACCAGGUGUUGCUGGGGAGAGGUUCAGGUGUCUUUUUAAUUUAAGGCAUUUAAAUACAUGGCUUUAAAUAUAUUUUACCUGCACACACAAAUGCAUGAAUUACAGAAUUUAUAAUAAAGCCUAUGCAUUCUGCCCUUUGAUCCUGAAUUAGCCUGCUUAGUAUCUGUGUCUUAAAAGCCUUUAUGUCCAUUCCUGUAUUUUUUGUAAGUACCUGUGUACUAACAUCCUUCUGAUGACUUGCUCAUGUACUUCACCAGUCUAUUCUAUUGGCCUUUUCUGGGUUUUAGCAUAAUUUUAUUUUUUAAAAUCUUGUAAUUUCUUGAAAUAUUUUUUCCUAAGUCUGUAAUUUGGAAAGAACGAUCGGGAAAAACCCUCAUCCUGUGUUUUGGCAGCAAGAGUUUCUUGUCUGUAACACAUGAUUCUGUUACAUAUGGACUAUUUAAAGCUUGCUUGAAAAGAAAA